AUGAGCAUUCAGUCACAUGCAAGUUCUUUUCAAACAAGUUCUGAUGGAUUCACAUUAUCAAGAUCUUUUUCUGGUUCUCAACACUACACCCACAACCCUAGCUGUUCUCUAACUGAAACUUCAUUCGACUUUGAACAAUCUGUUGGAAGUCGUCCAUUGUUUCAAGGUGUGACAUGGCAGGUUCAGCCUCUAGAUGACACCCACAAGAACCAAGAACCUCCUCCCAUUCAAAUGAGCCUCUCAAAUGGAAAUGUUUCAGAAGGAAGUUAUAAAUUACCAAUUGGACUUGAAAGACAGCUAAGUAGCAACAACAAGAAGCCAUCAGGAUCACAAAGUGUUGGGUCCCACGAAACUGGUUCAGAGCAUCAUAAAGAUAGGAAACGAUUAAUGAGAGAAGCUAUUGGCUCUUUAAGUCAGACCACUGAAAUGGUUGAGCCUCUUCUCGCAAUGGUGGUUUCAGAUCCAGUUCACAUCGUGUCAAGAAUCUUAAGUGAAAUGACAACGUCGUCCCUCACAAAUCUAAAAGAAUCCGCCCGUGAUGUCAUUUUAAAUCCAAGCAAACGAAGACAAUUUUCCACCUUUCGUAAAUCUCUCGAAAAAAGGUCAGAUAUAACCUUAGAGAUUCUCUCAAAAGCCCACACUACUCAAAUCGAGAUACUCGUAGCUUUAAAAACCGGUAUCCAAGAUUUUCUCCAAUCCAACAGUGACAUGUCAUCGUCUGACCUGGCAGAAAUCUUUCUCAACAUAAGAUGCAGAAACCUCACAUGUCGAAGCUACAUACCCGUUGACGAAUGCGACUGCAAGAUUUGUGUUCAGAAAAAGGGGUUUUGUAGUGCGUGUAUGUGUCUAGUGUGUUCAAAAUUUGACAUGGCAUCAAACACAUGUAGUUGGGUGGGAUGUGAUGUGUGUCUGCAUUGGUGUCACACAGACUGUGGGAUACGCGAAUCCUACAUCAGAAAUGGGAGAAGUGCGAAUCGGGCCCCGGGUCAAAGUCAAACCGAGAUGCAGUUUCAUUGUGUUGCGUGUGAUCACCCCUCUGAGAUGUUUGGGUUUGUGAGAGAAGUUUUUCAGAAUUUUGCUAAAGGUUGGACAGCUGAGACACUGUCGAAUGAGCUUGAAUAUGUUAGAAGAAUCUUUUCUGCCAGUGAGGAUAUUCGUGGGAAAAGACUUCAUGAAAUCUCUCUCCAGAUGCUGACUAGGCUGUCUGACAAGGCAAAUGUUCAUCAAGUUCGGACCUUUGUCAUGGGUUUUCUUACUGAUGAUGAUAGUUUGAAGUCAGAGAGCAUUCAAAUCCCACAAGAAGUAGUGAAACCUGGAUAUGGAGAGAGAGAAAGAGCAAUGGUUCAUUUGAAACCAGUACCUGUGAUCCCACGUGAACCGGUUUUUGAUGAGCUGGAUGGGAUUGUGAGGAUUAAGUUAGCAGAGGCUCAGAUGUUUCAAAUGCGUGCAGAUGAUGCAAGAAGAGAAGCAGAAGGUCUGAAUAGGAUUGCACAGGCUAAAAGUAAGAAGAUUGAUGAGGAGUUUGCUAGUAGAGUUGCAAAGUUGCAUUUCUCAGAGGCUGAGGAAAUCAGAAGACAAAAGUUUGAGGAGUUACAAGCUUUGGAAAAUGCACAUCAGGAGUAUUUCAAUAUGAAGCUAAGAAUGGAAAGAGAGAUUAAGGAUUUGCUUUUGAAAAUGGAAGCUACAAAAAGAAACUUCACCUCAUCCUCAUGACCAAGCCACCCAGGUAGUUUAUUAGUUAAUUAAAGUAUUAUUAUUAUUAUUAUUAUUACUACUACCUUUUGUUUUUGCGUUGCAAGUUUAGUGGGGGUUGGUUGGUGAUUAAUUUGUAGGUUUACUACUUUGAAUUAUAUUAUGUUCUUUUUUCUUUUUAAGACAGACUAGACUGUACAGAGACUGCUCUUUUAUGUUAGAUACAUGCGUUUUCAUGUUCUGAAAUGGAAUAUUAAAAAAAAA